AUGGACUUUAAGAGUAACAUAGUGCAAAAGUCGCCUCGCGACAGACCUAGAAGGUCAUUUGGAAGAGCUUCGACGUUGUUACUAUUUACUCUCAGUCAGCCAUUGCUGCUUAGCUGGAGCGGUCUCCUCAAAGAGCAGCCCAUCAAGGCUGCGUACAGAAAACACCCGUACAGAACAUCUCAUAACAGCACGUCCAAGGCACAGGCCCCCACCCAGCCAUCAAAUACUGCAUCUGCUUCUCAGGCCCCAAAUCUAGAUCAGGUUGACGGUGUUUUCUUCAAAGCUUUGGCUAAAGCUGGACAAUGCCAUCAAUGUGCGGAUGUAGCUAGCUCUGGAAAUGCUAGGAUCGGUAUCACGCAAGGAAAGGCUAUCACGUUCCAGAAGAAAAGAUUUGACCAAUGCCAACAAAUCCGGCACCUUCAUGAGGCCUCUGCGCCUCCUAGGCCUCGCCCAUAUCGCACGCCUUUGACGCGUGAUGAAUGUUUACGCAUGGUCGAUUUCUACGCAGAUGCUCAAAGCGCCUUUGAAAAACCAAAGCCACGAGAUAUCGUUCGACGUAUCUCUACUCCCCCAUCUCUUCCAUCGAGGCCCCAGAGAGGGAUAUCUAUAACCAAAGAUCUGUGUCUGCCGCCAGCUAUCAAAGCUUCAAUAGACCAAGCGGCCUCAAAGUUGAGGCAUCCCGACUGCACACAUCGUGAAGCUUGGGAAGCCUACUCGUCUCUCCCCUCACCAGGAAUUGAAUAUCUGACAGAUGGACUUCAACGCUUACUACUAACACGCCUGUCUAUUAUUGAAAAGAAAGACAGAGAAUCAAUGUUUCGCUAUAUGUCUGUAAUGGAUGACAUGAAAAUAUGCAAUCUUCCCUUGAAAGAAAGUGAAUGGAAUACGGGCAUCGCAUUCGCUGCGCAUACUUUUGGACGCAUUGAUGGAUCAGGUGUAGAGUCAGCUCUGGUCAAAUGGAAAGAGAUGGAGCAGCAGGCUGGCGUCAAGUCUGGCUGUGUCACGUUCAAUAUAUUAUUCUCUGCAGCGACGAGAGCCGAAAAGUUCGUGCUCGCCGAGAUGAUUCUUAAGGAAAUGGCCGCAAGAGAAAUUCCUAUCAGUCGUUAUUGCCGCACAGCGAUCAUCUAUUACCACGGAGUCAAAGGCGACGGCGAUGGAGUAAGAAAAGCUUACCGUGAGCUCGUUGAGGCGGGUGAGAUCGUUGACACUGUUGUCAUGAAUUGCGUGAUCGUAUCUUUGUGCAGAGCUGGCGAGUUGGCUGCCGCAGAACAUGUUUAUGAGGGUAUGAAGCGAACCUUAGAGCGGCACACCGGUCGUCGUAUCCCGUAUCUCGACUGGAGGGAACCACGAGACGCUGGUCGUGUGCUCGAAUUAGCCGCUCGGAAGCAUAAAAAGGACCCUGAAGAACUCCGGAAAGUGCAAGAGGAGCAGUUCCUCGCACCCAGCCCGCAAACUUUUUCCAUCUUCAUUGAUCACCAUGUCUUCAAAACGGGAGAGCUUCGGCGCAUCGCUCUCUUACUAGCAGAGAUGGAGCGAUUGGACGUUCCCCUUCAAGGCCGUAUCUUCGUCAAGAUAUUCAAAGGAUUCUGCAAUCAUGGCGGCAUACGAUAUUCUGCAUGGACAAAGUCGCGUUUGGAGAGCGUCUGGAAUGCUUUACUUACCGCCCUGGAUCAAAGGCUCGAAAACGUGGUAAUUGACGGUGGAAUGAUCAUCUGGGCUGUGCGAGCGUUUGAGAAAUGCUUUGGUCAAGAAGCGACUCUACACAUUUGGGAGGAGCUACGACGACGAUGGAAAGGCGACUUUCAUGAUCUUUCACGAGCUCAGGAUGUGCUGCAGGACAUUCUCAAGGGGGAUUGCGAGCUGCGACUGCGCCGAAAGGAACAUAGAAUAGUUUGGACGGGCAAAGAGGCCCGUUUAUGA